AAAUGGCAGUUUUGUGAAUAAAAAGAAAAACAAGGGCAAAAAAAAACGAAAGCAAGAAUAACGAGAUAAUCCCCAAGAAGGAAGACUCAGUCUCGAGCAGAGAGGCAGAGGGGAUCGAUAGAGAGAGAGAUGGAGGAGUGUAUGAGGAAACUGGCCUUGUGGCACACGAGAACCUUCAAGCCGGUUAUGACCCACGACGAGCUCGAACCGAUCAUGUCCACCAUGGGCUUCAUCCCCCAGGACCACCAGGAGGACUCUUUAGGUUUCAAAGAGUACGUUUUCCUCUCUUCUCCCACCACCAACCACCCCAGGCCCAGGCUCCCCUAUCCCCACAUCGACGGCCUUCAUAUCACCACCUACCAGGCCUUUAUCGACGCAUUGGCCUUCUUUCUUGAUGUCUCCGAUCUCUUCCAUGUCAGGGGAAUGCCGCUCCAACGUGUCAAAGAUAAAAACAGAAAAUGGUGUCGCAUGGAAGAUGAUGAUACUGCUGUGUUUGUGUACAGAGAUGGAACCUUGGACAAGUCGAGCCACAAUUUGAGCAGACAAGAGUCGUCAUCAUACACACAUGUUCUCAUCCACCAUAAACCCCUACCUCAUUGCACUCUUCUUCCCCUUAAAGACAUCACUGUUUGGGUUUGAUUUUUGGGUAGCCUCUUC